UUAUGUUUGUUUAUUUUUAGGUCUGCCCUUCAAACCCUUCAUAAAGCUAGUUCCAAGGCAAGGGAAUAUAAUUAUUUCAAAUGUGGGGGUACUCAUCAGUGGGUUGAUUAUUAUGAGAAACGGAUUAACUCUGAUAGAUCAUGCCUUAAUGAAUGGCAUGCUAUGGAUGAUAUUGAGUCAAGGCGUCCACCAUCACCCGAUACCGUUCGUUUACAACCAACAGAACGUGAAGAAACAGAAAGGCAUAUAAGGACUAAACUAAAAGAAUUAAUGAUGUCUGUAGAUCUGGAUGAAGUCACUAGCAAAUAUAUUCGCACUAGACUUGAAGAAAUUCUGGAUAUGAAUUUAAAAGAAUACAAGUCAUUUAUUGAUCAGGAAAUGCUGACAAUACUUGGCCAAAUGGAUGCUCCAACGGAGAUAUUCCAGUAUCUCUAUCUAGGAUCUGAAUGGAAUGCAUCCAAUUUAGAAGAACUUGUUGUGAAUGGCAUUGGUCAUAUUUUAAAUGUAACUAGAGAAAUCGAUAAUUUUUUCCCUGGCAUGUUUGAUUAUCAGAACAUAAGAGUAUAUGAUGAUGAAUCCACUGAAAUAUUACAUUACUGGGAUAAAACAUAUCGUUACAUCAGAAGAGCAAAAGAUGAAGGUUCAAAAGUUCUGGUUCACUGUAAAAUGGGCAUCAGUCGAUCAGCAUCAGUUGUAAUAGCAUAUGUCAUGAAAGCUUAUGACUGGAAUUUAGAGAGAGCAUUGGAAUUUGUGAAAACUAAACGUGGUUGCAUAAAACCCAAUUCAGGAUUCCUUAAGCAACUGGAAAUUUAUCAAGGAAUACUUGAUGCUAGCAAGCAGCGCCAUAACAGUUUAUGGCGCUCAAAAUCAGAGACUAAUCUUAAGUCUUCUGAGAAACCAAAGAAAAAGUCCGAUGAAAAGAAACAAAAAAUGCCUGAAAAAAGUGAAUCCCUUCACCACUUGCGAGUUACAAGUAAUGUUUCAUCUCGUCCAAAAUCAUGGUCACCCAGUGAUGCUGUAGCAGAUAUGCUUUUCCCACCUCAAAAUAAAAUUUCAGCAAAUGCCUGUACUGUAGAAAAAUCUCAAACUGUAAACCAAAGUGGAAGUAAAUAUGGAUGCAAAUAUCCUGUUGGUUCAGCAGAUAACUUGAAUGCCUCCCUCCCAUCUGAUUUUGUUUUUCCAACAAUGAAGAAAAAUUCUGAAAUUAGUAAAAGUAGUGAAACUCUAAAUAUUGAUGUUCCAUUGCCAAGAGUGUCUUCUAUCAAAGACAGAAUAAAUGAACUGGAAUUGCAAGUGUCUUCUACCAGUGAUAAAUUAACAAAAAGUGAGGUAAAAUCUCCUACAUCACAAAACCGUUCUGGACUUGUCUUUAACCUAGCUAAUCAGUUUGAGUUAGGUUCCAAACCUUCCUCUCCUGUGGAUGAAGAGUUAGUUAUUAAACCCACAUGUGAUGAGGAAAUAGUUGAACCAGUUAUGUCACAAACUAAACCUCCAGUCUAUAAACACCAUGCAGUUUUAGUGAAACCCUCUUUAUGGCCUGAGGAAAGUACUACUUCACUUGAUCCCUCUUGUAUAAAUGAAAACAAAAUACUUUCUCAAACUUCAAAUAAUUCAGAUACUAAAGAUAAAAUUCUUCCUUCAGAUAUUUCUUCUGUAAAUAAGAAACAAAUAGAUGAAUCUUCUUGUGAUACUUCUUUAGCACAAAGACUACAUCCUGUUGAAGGGAAUAUGCUUAAAACUAGUCAAUCUGCUUUUAAACCUUUAGAGGCUAAUACAGAUCCCCCAUCACGAGGACCUCUUGAUGAAAGGUUAAGUCAAUUUCAACAGAAUUCAUCUAAUUGUUGCCAAACUAUGAGAUUUUUUGUUCCAAAUGAGCAAAAGACAUUUGAAAAAUCUCCUUGUAAUUUUAACAUUGAUAGAAAUACCAAAACUUCAUCUAUAAAUUUGAUGGACCUGAAUAAAGUCACUGAUCCUUUAUUGCCAGUUAAAGGUUCUGCAAAAUUUCAAAAUAGUGCAUGUCUGAUGUCAAAUAGUAAGCCACCAGUUAAGCUAUCAUCAGUUAGUAACAUUAGUCAUAAUGAAUUUUUAAAUGUGCAGUCAAAGCCUAAUUAUUUUUAUGAUAAAGAAGAUAUUCCUUUUAUACCUGGUACAGUACGGAGAACUAAACAAAAAAUAGAAGAGAAAAAUUUGACUCGUACAACUUCCUUUGAUAGUGGAUUUCCUUUUCAAACACGUUCUACACCGUCCACACCUCCAGAAGCGGAACUUGGAGCUGGAAAACUUAUUCGACGUUCUCAUAGCCUCCGGAAUGAUUGUAGGCUUAUCAUUCCAUUUUAUGGUAAGUGGUAUCCUUUACCUGCUUUGGCAACCACAGUACCUCAGUCAUUUAAAACACUCACAGACAACACUUUGCAGUGUGCUGAUAACAUCAGCAUGAUGCACAGUGUCAGCACACCAUCAGUUGUUGAAGCUGUAAAUAGAGUAAUCUGUGGAACACAAGAAAUUCUUAGUGCCAUUCACUUCAUGCCUCCUGAAAAGAAGGUGUCUUCCACUCGUUCAAGUUCCGAUUCUGAUUUCGAUUUUGGAAGUGCCAGUUCCUUGCCUGACAUCGACGCAAGAGAUUUAGCUUUUAUAAAUAAAAUUCCUCCAAUACAAAGUGACAUUCCAGUUCCUGGUCUUGUCAGGCAGCAAAGAGAAAUAUUAGAAAAUAAAGCAACCAAAAUUUCAAAAGAAAAAUGUAAUAUAGAACUUUGUAAGGCACGAAAAGAUGCAUGCAAGUUGCUGCCCUCUGAAUUGGGAAGUAAUCUAGUCGUUUCUGAUGCAUCGAAACAUGAAGAUAUUAAAGAGAGUGGAAUUGUAAAAAGACUAAAAAAAGAACUUGAAGCUAAAUCCGAAUUCUGUAAAAAAGAUAAAAAUGUUUCAAUGAGUUUUUCUGAAAUGGAAGAUCUUGAACAACAUGGAGGUAAGCUUCUCACAACUGGAUUGCUACCAAUAGAAAAACAAAUAUGUUCUUAUUCAGAGCCUUGUACAGACCAAAUGCCCAGACUUGGUUCAUUGUCUUCCUCUCUUGAGAAUAAAGGAACUCUUGAUGAACAGAAAGCUCCUCCAACACCUCACAGAAAAACAAGCCUUGAUCUUAGUUUCAUGCAGAAAAGGAUUCCGCUCAAUAUUAAGCUUGGUUCACAGUCAAGUAUACCUCCCAUUAAACCAAAUUCUAGGACUGUGUACAAUACUGACAGUAAAAAUCUGUAUGAACGAACUGUUGAAUUUAAAGCAACAUCUGAUCUCUUGCAAUCUUCAGCCAAAAGUAAAUCUGUUUGUGUUACUGAAAUUCCCCCUCCUCCACCUCCACCACCUAUAGGAUUACCUAGAAAAAUGCGAAAACAACAAGGGAGCACUCACCCGUUAAGUAAAUUAAUUCGGCAGAGGCAUCCCAAUCCUCUGUAUAAUACAAUGUAAGCUUUUUUUUUUUUUUUUUUUUUUUUUUUUUGUUUUGUUUUGUUUUCUGUCCUAUUGUAUACACUACUUACUUUUAAAAUGCAAAUUUUGUAUUUAAAAAAUCAUAGAACUAGCUUUAGGAAAACUGCAAUGCUUCUAAAAACUGAAAUUAAAUUUUUUACUGUAUUGGUUUCAGUUGCAAAAUCACAUAAUUCAUUGAGAAAUAUCACAAUUUUAUGUACUGUUAAUUUUUCACAUACAAGGAACAAUUCAUGUUAAUAUUUAGUGCAUGUAUUUUUGAUAAGUAAAAUUUCAAAUAAAUAAUUUAUAAAAAAAAAGCUAGCAUUAUAUUCCCAUUUUUUAAAUUGCAAAUGGUAAAAAGGGAAUGAUGAAAUGUAUUGAGAAAAUUAUUACAAGUACUGUUUAGUUCAGUGCAUUGGAACUCUUAGUUCAUUCAAAAUAUUGAACUUGGAAGUUCAACAUAUUUGCUGAUGUUUUAUAUCAGACAUUUUGUAUUGUAGAGUAUGAAGCAUUAGUGUCAUAUUUAUUCUUCCUGAGCUUGUACCCUAAGUUAUAUGUGACAAAGAUAAGUAGCGCACACUUAUUUAAUUUAGGUAUAUUUUCAGAAGUGCCUUUUUGUGCUGGCUGAAUUGACCUUGACUGUAAUUUAAUUAUUCUACAUUUCAAAAAUAAUACAUAUAUUUUUCACUCAACUAAGAAGUUACUUUUUAUAGCAUACACCAUAUAAAUUUAAAUUUUGCAAUUUUUCUGUAAAGUAUAAAACUAGGCAAAAAUAACAGAUUGGAGCAAAAAAAGUAAAUGCUAUCAUUUUAUACUCAUCAAUAUUCUUUACAUACUACAUGCAUUGAUGCAGUUGCUUUGUAAAUGAAAGCAGCUGUAUCGUACAUGAUUUUUAAUUUUUUCUUCAGCUUUUAAUUAGGAUAUAUAAAAUAUUUUUCAAUUAUAAAAACUGAAAUGUUAAUAUUAGGCAAACUGUUUUAUUUAAUUUGUUAUUAGUUUUAUUCAAUAUGAUUCUAUUCAUUUUGAAUCUUGAUCUUUUUUUAAAAUGGAUUCUUAUUUAUAUUUUGAGAUAUUUUUCAUUAUUUUCUCCUCUAAAAUGUUUCUACCUAUUGUGGAUGAAAGUUUUUUAAAAAUCCUGUGUUGUAAAAUUUUAGGCCAGUGUUUAGUCUCAAGUCAAAAAUUUUGAAGAAACAUAUUUGUGAAAAUUUUUUUAAUAAUAGUGCAUAUAGCAUAUUGUAUAUUUUUUUUAAUCAUAAAACAAGUGUUAGAAAAUGAAAAUAUGUAAAAUUAGUACGAUGUACAGAUGUGCUAUGUGUAGUCUUCUUUGAAAGGACUUCAUUGAUGUUUUGUUUGUAAGCAAAUGAGAGAUUAUUUAAAAAAACAGUUAUAAUUAAAAUAAAUUAAAAAUAC